UAUUGGACUGGUGAAAAAAAGUGAACAGAAAGAAAGCCUAGGCAACUUUCACUUUCUGUUUCGCAGCAAAUAUAUAGCCAGCAGGACAUUGUUCCUCUGCGAUUAACCUCAGUUGGUUUGGAGAGGAUUUGUGGAUGAGUCGUUUAUGCUAAUCAUCCUGUGAAAUCCUUUGACGAUGGAUUCCCCAAUGUGCCUCGUCGAAAACGCCGACGGCGAGCUUCAUGUAGUUCCUGGUGCCAUCAAGUACCUGAUGGGUCUGAACCAGCAAGUCGUAGUGGUGGCGGUGGUCGGGCUGUACCGCACCGGCAAGUCCUACCUCAUGAACAAGCUGGCUGGAAAGAGACAAGGUUUUGCCCUUGGCGCCACCAUCCAAUCUAAGACUAAGGGAAUCUGGAUGUGGUGUGUGCCUCAUCCUGAAAAAAGAGACCACACCCUGGUGCUGCUGGAUACAGAGGGGCUGGGGGAUGUGGAGAAGGGAGAUUCUAAGAAUGAUGCCUGGAUCUUCUCCUUGGCCAUUCUGUUAAGCAGUACUCUGGUCUACAACAGUCGAGGGACCAUCGACAAUCAAGCCGUGGAGAACCUCCAAUAUGUGAGUGAGCUGACAGAGCGGAUCAAGGUGAAUUCUUCCAGUGCAGCUUCAUCCUCUCACGAUGAUGAGGAAGCAGGGGACGCCCAGUUUGUGCAGUUCUUUCCAAAUUUCGUGUGGACCAUCAGAGAUUUCACUCUACUACUCGAGAUCGACGGUAGAAACGUCACCGAAGAUGAGUAUCUGGAGCAUUCCCUGGAACUCAGAAAAGGUGGGGGUAAAAAGAACCUGAUGUACAACCUCCCACGAGAGUGCAUCCGGAACUACUUCCCCUCGCGCAAGUGCUUUGUAUUCCCCACUCCUACAACUCCUGCCAACAUGCCCCAUCUGGAUUCCAUGGACGAGGCUGACCUCUGUGGAAGCUUCCGAAAGGUUGCAGAUACUUUCUGCCGCUUCAUUUUCCAGGAGAGCCGUACAAAAACUGUGAAAGGGGGCCACAAAGUAACCGGGAGAAUGCUCGGCCACUUGGUUAAAACCUAUGUGGAGACCAUAGCCAAAGGCUCUGUGCCCUGUCUGGAGAAUGCGGUGCUGGCCAUGGCUCAAAUUGAGAACCAGGCUGCUGUGGACGAGGGCCAGGUAGUAUACCAGAGGGGUAUGGAGGAGGUGAAGGCCUUAUUCCCUGUGGACAUGGGUCAGAUUUCAGCUCAUCACCUCCGCUCAGACCACCAGACCACGCAGGCUUUCAUGAAACGAUCCUUCAAAGACGAAAAUGGGGAUUUCUUGAAAGCGUUGGCGGUGGCCAUUGCAAAGCACUACGCUGACCUUCUCAUCCAGAACGAGGAUGCCUCAGAGAAGAAGUGUGUGGCUCUUCUGGAGAAGCUGUCUGCUCCGAUGGCCCAGAAGAUUAAGGAGGGGAUCUAUGCCACACCUGGAGGAUAUGAGCUUUACUGCAGUCACCAUGACAACAUGGUGGCACAGUACCGGGCCGAGCCUGAUAAAGGAGUUAGGGCUGAGGAGAUUCUUGAGCAGUUCCUGAGGGAUAAGAGUCUAGAGAAGAAUUCCAUCCUGCAAGCUGACAAAAAAUUGACAGAAAAUGAGAAAAAGAUCCACGAGGAGAAGGAGAGAUCAGCUGUGCUGGAGCAGGAGAAGAAGGCUGCUGAAGAGAAACGGUUGGAGAUGGAGCGCACCAUGGAGGACGAUCGCAGAAGCAAAGAUGAGAAGUUGAAGCAGAUGGAAGAGAAGAUGAAGGAGGAGAUGAAGCAACAGGAACGGGACUUCCACAGGGCCUUGGAGUGCAAGAUGCAGGAGCAGAAGGAUCUGCUGGAGAAGGGUCACAAGGAGAAGGCUGACUUAAUGAGACAGGAGAUAGAGGAGUUCAAGAAGAGCAACAAACCUGAGAAGGAAGGAGCCAUGGCUGAACAGGCAGUGAAGAUGGAGGCAGAGAAACAGCACCAGUUAGAGAAACUGAUCCAGGAGAGGGAGAGGAGUCAUCAGGAGGGAAUCUGUCAGCUAGAGACUAAGAUGGUCCAGGAGGCGAAGGAGAAGCAACAUGAGUUGGAGAGAGCGCUAGAUAGCAAGCUCCGUGAGCAAGAAAAUCUGAUGGCUAAGGGCUUCACAGAGAAAGAGGCAGCCAUGAAGGAGGAGAUACAGAGCCUGAGAGAGAAGGGGGAGGAGAAGGAAGAGCAGUCUCGUAACUUCAGAGCCAUAGCACAGGGUGUCAUGGAGAGUGUCAGCAAUGGCUUAGGUCACUACUUUAACUAUAAGAAAGCCCGUGAGCAAUGCAAGGCGCUUGUGUUCAAGGAGCAGGUCAGAUUCAAUCUCAAAUCAGGUGCGGUUGGCAAUAUCCCUGAUAAGGAGGGCAUGACACUCAAGCAAGACAAGACGGCCACGCCCAAACUCGAAACGGGAGCAGUUGGCAACUCUAAAGACACAACUCUGCCCAAAGUCAACACAGGUACAACUAGCAAAAGCCCUGGCUCAGAGGUGUAAAGGAUUCACCAGAGAUUGGUCAAUGGUCCAGAUCAGCAGCCACACCUUUCUCCAGUCUCAACAUUAACCAGAAGAGCUACUAGGAAAUAGUGCAACAGAAAGACUGCUGUGCAACAACAGCACAAUGGGGCCAAACCAGCUGUGACUUCACAGACGUCAGUUCCUCAGUUUAUAACCAUUGAUUUCUCAUUCUGAUAAUAUUACGUCAUAUUUAAAAGUUAUUAUAGAUCAAUCUUUAAAUUGGAGAGUUAAUUUGUGUUUUGUUCUUGGAUGUAGUGUAAAAUAAAUGAGCUUGCUGAACUUGUCGAGGUCAAAUGUGUUGUUCUAUAUUACACGUAAGGCUAGAAUGGAACUGCUCAUCUUCAAUGAGUUUUUCACUUCAGGGUUGACCAUUAUCAUGUUUUGUAAUUGUGAUUUCUUUUUGAAUAAACCUUGUUUCAUCUCUA